AUGUUCAAAUGUGGACUACAACACUGGCUUAGACCAUCGACGUUAGUUCGGAGUCGCCCCCUUUUUUAUCCACAAAAGCUCAUCGAUUUGUCGAAAUCGACUGCGAGACCAACGCUUGCACAAUUCAGCAGCUUGCGAACUUUGCGAAGCCCACAGAAACAGCUCGAUGAACUCGCAAAGAACACAGAUUUUUUACACACGCAAAACAUCCUCCUGCAAAAAAAUCAACAGCGUCUCAGUAAGCAGAAACUGCUUUCAGAGGCUACCAACUUUUAUGAACGCUUCAAAAUCAAAACCAAAUGGGUUUUGAUCCGGGAAAAUCGACCCUUCAGCACUGACGAGAUUAGCACGCUUUUCUCGUGGCUUGUCAUAUCUCAGAUAGUGUGGAUCGUGCUGGGCACGACAACAUUUGUGUCCCUGGUUUUGUUCACUUUCAACACUGUGUUUGCAAAAGAGAUGGUAGGUCAAAUGGUGGGACGUUUACUCAAUAAUUACAUAGACGGCGUGGACGUGCGUUUUCAAGAUGCUCUAGUCCCCGAAUGGAAACGAGGAUGUCUCAGCUUCAAGCAAGUCGAGCUAAGAACAACUGAUGAUGACGUCGAGAGUCACGUCUCUACUGACUCUACCAAACCCAUUGCUAAGCUGAGCUUUGAUUUGACCUUCAAUCAAAUUGACAUCACGCUCUCGUUCACCAAGUGGUUUCGCGGUCAGGGUCUCAUAAAUGACUUGUCUCUGUAUGGAAUGAAAGGAGAUGUGUCAGUAGACGAUACCCGGGAGCCGGAGAAACUAAUAUCUUGGUUUUCCAACCCAAAGUACCACUUGGGGCGGCUGAAGAUUCGUGACUCGCGCAUAAAUGUUCAGGAUCAAACUUUAGAUCAAAAUUACCGUCUAUCGAUAUACAACAUGGACUUGCCACAAGUAAGAUUCGAGUGGGCAUUGGUAGACUUCUUCAAUGCCAAUGUUGUGACAGGUGCUGUCAACCAUGCCUUGUUCACUAUUCACAAGCGCCAACAUAAGCUGGCGUACCUUCAGGAUUUCGAGCACGAUAUGUCCCCUUGGAAGCGCAUAACCAGAUUGAGGCUAGACGAAAUAUCGGUCAAGGACCUGGGUCUUGACAAAAGCAAGGCCUUCAACUGGAUAGAAGAUGGGCAAGUCGAAAUCAUCGCAGAUUUCAUGCUGCCCGACAUACCUGGUGAAAAGGACAGCGGUUUCGACGACGAAAAUAAGUACGUCGUAAUGGACCUCAAAUUCAAGUUCAAAGACUUGACGGCUCGCUACCCAUCGGAGGAACCGAAAUUGGCCAAUGGUGACUUUAUUGCAACUUUGGAUGAAUUAAGACCGCUCAUCGCCUUUGUGAACACUCAACGAGGGUUGUUCCACUCAUUUAUGAACAUUCAAAACUCAAACCCGGCGUGGAACAACAUCCCAAAUGUCUCAAUCAAGAAAAACAAGUCGUACCCCGACACGACGGUAAUUCCAUCGAACAUUAAGUGGCCAUCGUUUGAGGACGCAGAUCGACCAAGUCAAGAGAUCAUAAAAUACCACGACCAGCCAAACCAUAAUAAUAAUGAGAUUGUUGUGAGAUCAAGAAUCGUGAAAAACAUUGACGGUUUCAAGGAAUUGUUUUUGUUCAAGGAAACAGGAAUUUACGACACUCUUUGCAUGGAAAUACACGUUGAUUUGAUGAGGAUGGUUGAGGAGUGGGAACACAAAAAGAAGAGCGACUGGGCUAAAGUUUGGGGCACUACAGUGGCUUCGCAAUUAAUGAUUUUGGGAUUGGGUGCUAUGGUUUGA